AUGAAGUUCUCUCUGGAAUUGACUCUCGGUCUUCUGGCCGUAUCCUGCGUAGAUGCAUUUGUCGUUCCUCCUCGCACACUAUGGGCAACAAAAGCGGCCCUUGUUUCUCGCUCCUACCGAGCGCACCCUGUUAGACGUGACGCAGACUUCCAAAGCCUGGACUCGUUAACCAAUGGAGGUAGUCGCCGCCGCGAGGCUCAAAAGCAAGGUGGCGGAGGAGGUCUUACGAUUGGGGGCCUCACUCUAGGCGGCCCAGGUGGCGGUAUCACCGGUGAUGGUCUCAAGCUCGGCGGAAACCAGCAGGGCAACGGUACAGCAACAGCCGCAGAGGCACCCAAAUCUUCAGCAACAAAGGGUGAGAAGCCCGCUGCUGCCAAGGAAGGAAAGCCUGCCACUGAGGGCGAGAAGCCUGCUGCCACCGAGGAGCAAAAGCCGAAAGAAAGUGAGGCUGGCACUGGCGCUGGUACAGAAAAUCAGCCUGGACGCGCCGAAGGAGAAGCAGCGAAGAAGGAAGCAGAGAAGGAAGCUCAAGAGGCAAAGGGAGAGAAGUCAAAUGGUGUCAAGGCUACUGAAGAGUCUGAAAAGUUCUCUGAGGAGUCUGGUAUUACUCUUGGUCAAGAUGGCAAUGCGGACAACCUUGGUGGAAACCUGGGCAUCACGCAAGGCUCCGAUGGCAGUAAGUCAAUUGGUGGGUCUAAUGGCAUUAAUGUUGCCGCCAACGGAGAAGCGACUCUGGCAGGUAACGAGUGCGACUCGAGCUCGCCAACGAUCGAAACCGCACACACAGCUACCGUCGAAGGCGAUCAAAUCCCCGAAAACAAUAUGGAGUACGCGGUGUUCGAUGUCGAUGACUCCCACGCCGGCAGCUGUCUGGACCGGCAACAGCAGUCACCAGCGUCUGCAAACGAGACCGAUACGUCUGACGCCAAUGGCUCAGAGACUGACUCUGAUGAAGAGGUACUUAAACUUCAGAUGAAGCUCUCGUGGGCUGAAGGCAAACAUGCCGAUCUCGAGCGCCAGACUCAAGAGGCGAAGAGUGCUACGGCCGCUGUUGAGAGUCGGCUUAGGGAGUAUGAAGCCCGUAACGCUCGUCAGGCCAUCGCAGUGUCUGAGGGGGAGGUCCUUCGCGCUGAAGCUCAAAAACUUAAGUCUGCUUUCGAACAGAAACACACAGAGCUGGAGGCGGCGCAACGCAGUGCGACUGCAGCAGUACAAGAGACGGAUGAUGCUCGCAAACAGCUAGUUGCUUCCCUGGCCGAGAACACUCAACGUGGUGAAGAAGCCGAGCUCCUUAAGCGCCAACUGUCCGAAGCCAAUGCUCACUCGCAAGACACGGCACUUAGUCGAGCAUUGAUCAGCAAUCAACAAACAAAAAUCGACGCUCAGCAAACGCAGAUUGGCGAACUUUCAGGCCAGAAUCAUCAGCAUAUUCAGGACGCGCAGAUUCAUCAGCAAGAGCUGGAAAACAUUCAUGAGUCACUCGCUCUCGCGGAGACGUCUAGAGACUGGUACGUUCGCCCUCCCGAAAUCCGUGGUAGACCUAGGGGGCUUUCAAUGUGUCAUCGCGGUCGAUUCAUGUUACGAGAAUGCAGCGAGUCAAUUCAAAAAGAGCACAAGCAGAUGCUGGAGGUCCGGAACACGAUCAAUGCCGGUCGUGCACCCGAGAUUGACCGCCUCAAGAAGGAAGUUGCCAAGCUAAGGAAAGAGGUCAACGACAAGAAGGCCCAGGUCCCCGUCCUGAAGCGUGACAUCGCCUACUAUGUCACCCAUCUCGAUCUGGCCAACAAGGACUCCCGCGUAUACACCUGCAGUCAUGACAACCUCAACAAUAUUGUCAACGAUGGGCAGAACAUCACCUGCCAAAAGGACGCGGGGUCAGUAGCAGAUGAGUUUUUCGAGGAUUGGGAAGAUGACAAGGACUUCCUGGUGGAGUACAAUAGCGCGCGGCAGCAUGUUCUCGACCAUCAUCGUGCACAUGAGAGUAUGAAACGUGGUCGGGGUGAUGGAUCAAGAUGGAUUCGAGAUGAGUUCAACGAGGUUGAUCACAGACGUCGAGUCAAUGUUACCUACAAAUGA